AAGCCCUGACCCUCACGCAGGAAGGAGCGAUGGGCCAGCCUCUCUCUCUUUUGACGUCACUUUAAGCCUUCCCGAGACGCCCCUCCACGAUGGCCGAGACGCUGGAGUCCAUCGACAACCUCAAGCAGGAGCUGGAGAGGUUGAACUUGGAAUUAGACCAGACGAGCAGCGAGAAAAACCAGGCGGCUCAGUACGGGUUGGUGCUGCUGGAGGAAAAGGAGAGCCUGCAGACGAGACUCGAGGAUUUGGAGGCGCUCUACGAGAACACCAAACAUGAACUCGACAACACGAGAGAGGCCUUAGCCAAGUUCCAGACAACACACCGAGUGGCCACUGCUAGCGGAAUUGAAACUGAAGAGAGCCUGCUGUCAGAAUCGGCUGCCAGGGAGACCUCUCUUAACUCCCAGAUCAUCGAGCUUGAACUUGAAGCCAAACAGUGCCGAGCUGAGCUAGAACGUGUGCAGAGUGAAAAAAGCCGUUACUACACAGAACUUCAUGAGCUCCUCAAGGAUAAAGAUAUAAGUGAUCAUGAGAAGAAACAGCUUAGAACAGAACUCAAAGACCUCAAGUUCCGAGAGACGAGGCUCUUCCAGGACUAUGCAGAGCUUGAAGAUGAGAACAUUACGCUACAAAAGCAGAUCUCUAACCUCAAGUCGUCACAAGUUGAAUUUGAAGGAGCCAAACAUGAGAUCCGACGCCUUCAGGAAGAGACGGAUGUGCUCAACUCGCAGGUGGAGGAGCUUGCUAACCUCAAGAAGAUUGCAGAGAGGCAGAUGGAAGAAGCACUUGAGUCAUUGCAAGCUGAGAGGGAGGCAAAGUAUGCUCUCAAGAAGGAACUGGAUGCCAGGAUGAAUUCUGAGUCCAUGUACAACCUCUCCAACCUGGCCAUGAGCAUGAAACUCUCAGGAAGCACAGAUUUUGGUGAGAGUGAUGGCGAAGACGAUACUCCUGUUCUUAGGAGGUUAGAAUCAGAGCUGAUGAGUGCUGGAGGAGGAUCAGCUGAGACUCUAGGGGGAGAUCUGUUCUCUGAAAUCCAUUUGAAUGAGCUUCGGAAGUUGGAGAAGAAGCUUGAGGAGGCGGAACAUGAGAAGAGUCAGCUUACUACCAACCUGAAAGAGAGUCAGGAAGGCUUGGAGAAGACCCGUCAGGAGCUAGAUGCACAGCAUGCCAGAGUGUCACAUCUUCUGGGGCAUAUCUCUGCUCUAGUAAAGCUGCACGAUCAGGAAAAUCCUAGCCAGAUGAAUGCUGAUGAUUCAGCUAUGUUGGUGAGCUUUUUGGAGAAGCAAAAGUCAAGGUAUCAAGUUGCAGCCAAAGAGAUCAAUGAACUCAAAAAGAGCAUGGCAGAAAUUCAGAGUUCUGAAACUGCAGGAGCAAGUGAUGCUGUUCAGCAACUUCGUAAUGAAGUUGGAACACUACGUGCAAGGCUGGUGGAUGCUGAACAGAAGUCCAUGGAUCUGGGCAAUGAUGUGAACAUCCUGAGCCAGAUGCUUAACAGCCGAGAGGGUUCACUCUCAAUCACACAAAAUGAUCUAGGGAGUAUCAGUGAAAUGCUUGCACAGCUGUAUCACCAUGUGUGCACAGUCAAUGGGGAAACCCCAUCAAGGGUACUUCUUGAUCACAGUAAACAGGGACAUCACACAGAGAAGAGUUCUGAUGGAGAGGACCAAAAAGUAUCUUCACCAACACAGAUUACAACAAUGCUGGAGAAUCUAAAGAACAAGUUGCGAACAGAUGUUCCUCUGACAGAUUUUGUAAGUCUAGAUUUCAGAUUUUUUGAAUUAAGUUCAGGGAGAAAUCUGAAGAAGGCUGUGGAACAUACUAUAGAAUUAAGCAAGGAGAAGGGACACUUCAGGGAGAGUGCAUCAUCUGAUAGUGGUCUUAGUGAAAGUGAAGUACAGGAACUUCAAGAGCAGGUGAUCAAACUGAAGUCCUUGCUCUCCACUAAGAGGGAACAGAUUGCCACGCUUCGCACCGUACUGAAGGCCAACAAGCAGACUGCAGAGGUGGCACUGUCCAAUCUGAAGUCCAAGUAUGAAACAGAAAAGAGCAUAGUCUCAGAAACAAUGAUGAAACUUCGCAACGAACUGCGUCUCUUGAAGGAAGAUGCUGCUACAUUCUCCAGUCUCCGUGCUAUGUUUGCUGCACGUUGUGAGGAGUAUGUAACACAGUUAGACGAGGUGCAACGUCAGUUAGUGGCAGCUGAAGAGGAGAAAAAGACACUAAACUCUUUGCUACGAAUGGCCAUCCAGCAGAAGCUAGCUCUGACUCAGAGACUGGAAGAUAUGGAGUGUGACAGAGAAAGGUUCAACAUGCGAAAGCAUCCUGGGAGCAGGGGUAGAGCUUACAGUUCCAGAUUUAACAACCAGCCACAUGCUUCUCCAUCGCAACAUCAUUACCAACGCAGAGAUAAUUAUUGAAGUGUAAAUGAUUGUAUUUAAAUGUAUUUAUGUGAAGCAAAGCAUGAGAUGAGAUGUUGGUUGGAAGGUAUUACAGUGUUUUGGUUGAAAUAGGAUGAUUUAUCAUAAGACCAGAACAUCUGUAUAUUAUUUUUUUAAACUUGUGUUUUCUUCCUGUAUUCAGCUUCAAACUUGUUUACGCUGUGUCAUGAAGACCUCAGAAACUGGACUUAUCUUACAAAGACUUUUUACACUUGUAAAAAUGCAAGUUCUUGAGGAUGGAUUGAUACUUUGAGGAACUUCUGGUGUAAAUGAUGAUAACAAAAGUCGCAUACAGGUUGGCAUGUGUCUGCCAUUUGAGGGGAAGGCUGGGAGUGGCUGUCAUCUCUUCUGCUUUAUAACCUGGAAUUAGUGCAUGAGAAAGGAAUAUUAUAUUGAUGUAUGGAGAAGCAGCUAUUGGGAAGUGUUGGAAUGUAACUUGUUAAAAGUGUGCCCCUCUUUUUUUAAUCUUACGCUGUUUCUUGUUUGUGAAGCAGAAAGUAGUUGACGGAAAAAUUGUUUUAAAUGAAAUUGCUUUAAUUUUAGAUUAUAUAUAUAUAUUUGACUUAUUUCAAUUCUUUUUUACUAUUGACUCUUAAUGUACAGGAUUUUUGUAAUUAAGUGAAUAUUUCUUUUAUGAAUUUCAAAGUACAUAGUAAUAUUCAUGUGCAGGUCAUAUCGUCCAAAUCAGAACAGAGGCAUGUCCAUAAUGAGAACUGUGUUCUUUACCCAUAGUAUCUCAGAAGCUUUAAAUCUUAAGAAUAAGUUGUAUGAUUCUUCCCAAUCUAGAUACCUUGUAAUACUACAACGUCCAGAAAAGAAAAUUAAAAUUGCAUUACAAAUACCUGAUAGAUCAUAAGAUUUAGAAUUUUAAUUCCUAUUUACUUACAAAAUCAAGUAUUUUUCAAAGAUAUAUUGUAUAAAGCUUAUGCAUACUAUCAGUAAAGUUUGUUAAUGAUGCCAUUUGAUAAUUGAAAUUGUACGUCAGUGAAUAUUACUCAGUUGGCGUAUACUCCCAAGUACGGGCCAUAGGUUGUAUUAAGAGAUCCUGCCUCGUUGCAUACUCAUUAUUUGGAGACAGUUCUGUUCAGAGCCUGGACAAGAGUAGCAAACAGUCUACAAAUGUUACACAUUUUUCUUUCAUAUUUGCAUGUAAUUGAUUUUAGAAUUGCAUAGAAGAGCAAUUAAUUUUGUAUGGAUGAAGUGUAGUUUAGAUUUUUUUUUAUCCUCCACUUUUUAUUAUUGUUGAGUGGGUAAUCUGUUUGCUGGGUGGAAAGGUUGCUAUAUAGAUAUUGGUCUCUCUGAAGUCUACAAAUAAAAAUGUUUUUAUUUGUGGAAGUGAAAAUGUAAUACUAAAGAGCUUAUUCUUUUUUGCAGUUAACCACAAACACACAUUUGUAUAUGAGCUAGGAAGUUAAGGGCAGCUCACAUACAACUUUAUGAUCUUGAUGAACCAGAAUCAGUAGUUGGCUCAUCUUUUUAAAAUGUAGACAUGAUCUGUAUUGCAAGUUUACUAAAAGACAAUGCUGAUUCUACUUAAAGUAAUAUUUUUACAGUUCUUAACUUCCAUGAAUCUCUUGAUAUAGUUAUAUUUGUAUUAACCAGAAUUUGUAUGACAGAUGCAAAGUUGGAUUUUAUGAUAGUCUGGCAGGAUAAAAUGUCAGAACUGCUCAAGAAAUGUACUUAUGUUUUUUUUUAAUGAAGGUUUUUGGUCAAGGUACUUUGCUGAUAGGUAGCUCAGCCUGUUCAAUGGUAUAACUUCCAUUUUUUCUAUGUUUUCUUGUAAUACUGAUUGUAAGCAAAUUGGACAUAGGAAUGCAAUAUUCUGCCUCAUUUUCUUAGACACAAAAGUAAGAAUUAUUUUGCAGUUCCUUCAGAAUAGUUCUGUUGGUAGUUCAUGUAAUCCUUGCAUUUGUCUUAUACAAGUGCUUUUAUAGUCAGGCUGUUGUCAUAGGAAUGCUCUAAAAGAAGUAUUUUUAAAAUUUUAUUCAUUAACAAUUUUGUGAAUUCAUGAUGGCAAAAAGGUAAUCAUUACUCUUCAUUCUUAAAUGAAGAAGCAUUUCUAUUAAUUUCAAAUGAUAAAAUACAAGUUGUUGAUAUUGAAAUAAAUUUUUAAAAUCACAUGGUGCAUUUAGUUAGGAGAGUGAGUUUUACGUGAGAAAGACGAGAUAAAAUUGAUAUUAGGUAAUAUGAUCAUAUAUUUCAAACAGUGAGGGUGCUACUCAAUAAUUCUUUCACAGGUAGUUAUCCAGAUUAUUAAUGGUCUUAACUUGAUUAUAAUUUUUUAGUUUAUUUUCACAUGAUAGUUGUUUUUUUUUAUUAUGAAAAGAUUGCAGAUCUAGGCUGCUAUAUUUAUUGAAACUUGUUUUUAUAUAUACACACCAUAUACUGUGCUUGAGAAGGGUUCAUAUCUCAGUCUUGUUACCUGUUCACAUUUGUGUUCUUGUAAUAAUCAUUAAAGUUUUUUUUCUUUAUCUGGUUAUGCUUGUGGUAAUAUUGUUCUCUACACCUCUUGAUAGUUAGUUAGCAUUCUAAAUAGGACCUUGAGAUUUUCUUGUGUGUCUCUUGUUACAAUACUUUUUUGGUAGGUUUGUGAAGAUCAUAUAUGGUAUAUGAUACAUAAUAGCCAAUAUUUGGCUGAUGAAGUUAUUGUAAUAAUCAUUAAUAUUUUUAUUGUGAUUAUUAUUAUUUUUUAAGGUGUCAAAGGCACCAUUUCAAAGCAGCUUGACCAAGGGACAAGAACAGCAACUCGGUUAUUGAUCACAAUUGCUGAGAUCAUAUUACUUUGUAGCAUACUCGUGAAAAUAAUACCAGGUGAGCACUGUAGGGUUGCUUGAUAAAGUUUUCAGUGUUGAGAGAACCUUUGUCCUUCAGUGUUUAACCAUUUCACUUCAACUUAAACAAGAGAAUAUGCUUCAACCUUGGCUGAUUAUGUAGCUAUUAGGUAUUUAUGCAAAUAAAAGAUCAGUUUAAAAGUGUUCUCAUAGCAAUGAAAUUGAAUAUGGAAGAGGAUUGUACAUGAUUGUAGUAGCAGAGAAUUUAGCUGUUUUGGGGUUUUCUAUACUUGGUUGUAAGUUUUUAUUUUAAUUUUUUUUUCUGUAUUGGGAAAUGUUGCUGUGCAGCUCUGAAGUAAAAAUAACACAUUUUAAAUUCUGGUUGUAUUUUACUAUCACUUUGCCUCAACUUGCAUUGAUAAGUGUAGAAUAUCUGUACAUAAUUCAGUUAACAAGAACUGAUGUCAUGUGUUGAAAGUGAUUGGCCAGAAAUAUUUUCAAGUGUAUUGUGUAACCUUGUUUGUUCUGGAAUUUUGGUGACAUAGGUAGAACAAGGUGACAGCGUUGUGAUCUGUAUUGUGCUGUGUCAUCACUGGCCCCAGUUCUUUUUCAGUCACUUUGCUUUAUCUGUGUACUUGUAAAAGCAGAUUUACUAUUGUUACUAUUUAUGGAGCACAUCAAGCACAUCCUAUGUACCCUUGCUAGUAUUCCAAGUUGCUUCAGGAGUUUGAAAUAUUUAGGUGUGUGCCUACUAUGUGGGGGCCAGUGUUGCACAAAAGAGCUUGCUUAAAGAAAUAGGUCCAGUUGAGCAGUCCAUUGUCUCACCAUAGAGUUUAGGGCAGUUUUCAGUGCUAAAGGAUUUAUUCAUGGUGGUCAGUCAGUGUUUUCUUUAUAAGUGUCACCACAUUGUCACAGUUGCAAAACCUGCUGGAAUUUAGUGUCUUGACAGGUAUAUGCUCCUUUUAGUGAACAGUUAGUAUUAGGUUUUGUUUUUCUUUUCACUCAGAACCAAAGACACUGUUAGCAUAGAUUCACAUACUUUACAGUGAAUUUUCAGACAUAAGUCGUAGUCCUUGAAAUCACAGUGAUAUAUAAAUCAUUAAGGUGAAUAAAAAUAUUACUAUUGCUGCAAGAAAGGUAUGGAAAAUGCAUAUCCCCAAAAUAACAAUUCAAGUUUAAAGGCUAAAAUUAUAAGAUGUAUAGAAAAGACUAAUAAAAAUUAUUUUAAAAGUCCAAGUGCUUAGGAAUUGUGUAGAUGUUCAUUGAAAUGUAGAGUGAACCUACUUUUAAGCAUGUUAUCAUACAGUUCUACAAUAAUCAGUGAAUACCUCCAUCCUUGGGGGACAUAAGAUUUCGAUCUCCAAAAUAAUAGUAAGAGAUUAUUGAUCUCUAAAACUGACUGCAGAGAAUGUCUUUAUUUCUUGUUGAGUAGUUGGCCUGUUGGUAUAUUUACGUAUUGUCUCAUAUGAUGAGUGGUUCAGCUAACUUAUUUUUUAAUCUAAUUUAUUAGCUUUUAAGACUAUUCAAGUAAUCUACAUUUAGAUGCAUUUGGUGUAGCUAUGCUUGUACAGUAUGUUAUAGAGAUUUUCCGUGAGAAUUUAAAUGGUAUAUGAUUUACAGGGUUUUAGAUAGAGAAGGAUGUUCAUUGAAGUGGUAUGUCUUUGCAUUGGGGUCACAUUAUGAAACACUGUGGCCAUUAUGGAUAUAUGGUUAUUAGGAGUAUAGGUAUUUCCAUCCAUAUUUUGUGAUUGCAAAUUUCCUUCGAAAAAAAUAGGAUCGGAUGUUAUGAUUGUAAAUUAUUUUACAUGGCAGAUGGAUCCCAAGAGAGUGUGCCUUAUCCUGCAAACGCACUCAUGUUUUUUGUGGCAGUGGGUUUUGUGAAAGCUACUUAAUUUUGCAUGGUACAAGAAUUAGAAAUGAUACUUGCUGGUUUACAUGUAAGUUGACAUCAUUUCAUGUAGAAACCAUCCACAUUUGACUGCAUCACAGGUUCACUUUUUUAUACAGUUUGGCCAAGGAUGAUAAACAUAAGGGAAAGUACACAAACCAAAGAAACUGAAUAAUUAGUCACUAGUUUGGAGCAGUGACCUGGUCAGAUCAUCAGAUUUUAAUGUACUAUCAUUGAUAAAAAAAAAGGUUUUAUGUAAUAUGUAGAUGCAAUUAUGUUUUUACUUUAAUCUGCAGACAAUGAAAAUAACCUUCCCUGUGAUUUUUUUGUUUUUCAUGUACAGAUAAUGUCAUCUUUGGCGCAUAAUUUGAAAUUGAACUUAUAUCAGGAUUCAUUUUAGUAUUGACUGGCACAGUGUACUUGGGUAACAAUUAAAACUUUGUGUUGAUUUACAGCAGGUGUUUUGCAAAGUGUUUGUGACAAUCAGUCUGGGCAGAUGGUGGAAACAUGCGGGAAAAUAUAUCAUGUAGUUUCAGCUUAUUGUAAGAAAAUUUAUCAGCAGGGAAAUAACGUAUUACUUCAUAAUGUGUUCAGUCAGCAUCAGAAUUAUUGCUUGCAAAAUUAUCAGAGAAGUCCAACACCAAUUAGUCAUUAUUCUGUACAUCUCUUGUAAGCUCUGCCCGUGACUGUCACACCCGUUACUGGGAGGGUAUCUGCAGCACCCACAGUAUUUUUACUUUUGUAUCUACUUCUUCACUGAGGACUGAGAACUUAUUUGUACAAUAGGAUCCUGUUUACAAUAAAAAUUUAAAAUGAAGAAAUCUGUUUUUG